AUGACCGACAUCUCUAGUAUCCGCGAGAUGGUAUUCAAGGAAAAUGCGAAACGAAUAGUCAUGAAAAUGAAGACGAGAUGCUUGAAUCCCGAUGACUACGCAAACUCAGCGAAAACAAUACUCAACGACAUUUUCCCUAAUUGGGAGAGCGACAACCGGAUUCUUUUUCUUGCGGUGGAAGUGUUUGAAGAGCGCGCCUUUAUGGCCUUUGAUAUCAACCAUCAUGACUAUGACUUCCGCACCGCGCACCAAGACAAGUCACCUCUUCCUGUCUACGUGCUUAAGCGAGUUCAUAAAGGGCGAAACUGGGAUCUUAUUCGAUUGCCCCGCGACGAUACCAUCAUUUGUACGAGAUUAGCAGAGCUCCACCGAGCCCACGGUUACGACGUCGAGCUGCCUAUUGUCGAAGACCACACCUCGGUCAUUGUACACGCCAAUCCCCGGUCGCCAGUCUAA